AGUCCUCUCUCUCGCACAUCUUCCACCAGCUGUACAUCGUCUUAUCCAACCUACUAGACAAAGGGGCUGCUUUAUUAGGAUGGCUACUUCUGUUCCUACCACGAGCGUCAAGAAAGAUGCGCAUCCGUUCAAUAGGGAAACACUAGAGGGCUUGCUUGCAAAACGCUUCUUCUACACGCGCGCGUUCGAGAUAUAUGGCGGUGUCGCUGGGUUGUACGACUAUGGCCCGCCUGGAUCUGCCCUUCAAGCGAAUAUCAUCGAGUUCUGGCGCAAGCACUUUAUCAUCGAGGAAGAGAUGCUCGAGCUAGACACGACGAUCAUGACAGUCUCCGAUGUGCUCAAGACUUCCGGCCACGUGGACAAGUUCACGGACUGGAUGGUCAAGGACGUCAAGACUGGUGACGUCCUCCGCGCGGACCACCUCGUAGAGGGAGUACUCGAAGCUCGCCUGAAGGGGGACAAGGAGGCUCGUGGGCUGAAGGCGCAAGUCGCUCCUGUAACGGACGCGGAUAAGAAGAAGAAACCCAAGAAGAACAUGAAGAGCGUUGCUGUUCAGCUCCCAGACGACGUCGUAGCGCUGUAUGAGAGCACCCUGGCGCAGAUCGACAACUACACCGGGGCUCAGCUGGGUGAGCUCAUCCGCACCCAAUCUAUCCUCAACCCCGACACGGGAAACGAAGUUGGCGAGCCAGUCGAGUUCAACCUCAUGUUCGAAUCGUCUAUCGGUCCUACCGGGCAGAUCAAGGGCUACCUCCGGCCCGAAACUGCCCAGGGCCACUUUGUCAACUUUUCCCGUUUGCUGGAGUUCAACUACGGUCGCGUGCCAUUCGCUUCUGCUCAGAUUGGGAGGAGCUUCAGGAACGAGAUCUCCCCUCGGGCCGGGCUGCUUCGAGUUCGCGAGUUCACGAUGGCUGAGAUUGAGCACUUUGUCGACCCGCUUGAUAAGCGCCAUGCGAGGUUCGACGAGGCCAAAGACAUCGUUGUCGGUUUCCUGCCCAAGGGUGUGCAGGAAAGUGGGCGCACAGAGAUCAUCAAGAUGACGAUCGGUGAGGCAGUCGCUCAGAAGAUCGUGGACAACGAAACGCUAGGCUACUUCCUCGGCCGUAUCUACCUCUUCCUCACUCGUAUCGGUAUCAACCCCGCCCGUCUCCGUUUCCGCCAGCACAUGAAGAACGAAAUGGCGCACUACGCCGCAGACUGCUGGGAUGCCGAGAUCCACACGAGCUACGGGUGGAUCGAGUGUGUUGGGUGUGCGGACCGGUCCGCAUAUGACCUCUCCGUGCACUCGAAGAAGACCGGCCAGAAACUCGUCGUCAGGCAGGCUCUGCCAGAUCCGAUCAUCGUCGAGCGGUGGACGGCGGAGAUUGAGAAGAAAUUGUUUGGUCCGAGGUUCAAGAAGGACGCAAAGGCCGUUGAGGACGCCAUUAUGGCGCUAGAUGAGCCACGUCUUGUCCUUUUGAACGGGGAGUUGGUGAAGGGCCCGACCAAGUUGAAGCUCGAUGACGGUCGCGAGUUUGAGAUCACGUCCGACCUUUUGACUAUCCAGAAGAAGACGUUUAAGGAGACCGUGCGCGAAUUCACGCCGAACGUCAUCGAGCCCUCAUUCGGCCUUGGCCGGAUCCUCUACUCCCUUCUCGAACACGUCUUCUGGUGCAGAGAAUCCGACGAGGCCCGCGGUGUCCUCUCUCUUCCCUCCGUCGUUGCCCCUAUCAAGGCUCUGAUCGUGCCGAUCAGCUCCAAUGAGGUGUUCACGCCUUUCAUCCGUCAGAUUUCUGCUCAAUUAAGAAAGGCUGGUGUGGCCUGCCGCGUGGACGACUCCAGCGCGUCGAUCGGCAAGCGGUAUUCUCGUAACGACGAGCUUGGCACGCCUUUCGGCAUCACAGUCGACUUUGCCACCGUGCAAAAUGGCACUCUCACCCUUCGUGAGCGUGACACAACCGAUCAGCGUAUCGGUAAGACUGAGGAAGUCAUCUCGCUCGUCAUUGAUCUUGUUGAUGGGAGAAUCGAUUGGGCGCAGGCAUGUGAGAAGUUACCCGCGUACACGGGUGUGCAGGAUGUAGAAUAGAUGGAGGAACACAAUACGCAUUUAAUACAUCUGACCAAUCCAAGUUGCACCUAUCCGUUUGAAAACAACGGGAAAAGAAUGUAUCUCACUUGGGAAUCUCUCGUUGAGGUGUCAUGACGAACUGGAAUGGCUUAGGAUGC